CACACACACACACACACACACACACACACACACAAACACUCACACACAUACAAACACACACUGUGGUCAGUGGAGCGUGGUGGAGGGUGGGAAGGAGAGUUUCUCUGGUAGAAUAAGAAAAUGAGAAACUGUCAUGCAAAUGAAACACAGAUCACUACUGUCAUAACUCAUAAAUGCCAUCCUCAUCAUCAUCUUCAUCAUCCUCAUCUUCAUCAUCCAUCUGCAGAGAGUGUCAGGACACUCGACGCCGGCCUGAACUCACCCAGCUGUUCUCUGGAAGUGAAAAGUCCCUGGAGAUCUUAAAGAGUCAGUUUGGUUCUGAGAAAUAAAUACAGAAAUAACCUGGCGACUGAGUCAGAAAGAGGAAGUGGUGAAUGCUCGUCUUUCCGAUCGUCCGACUGUAACUGAAAAGCAGCAGCAGCUGGGUUAUCUGUGUUUCUCCUCUGAGCUGUGCAGUGGAUGAAGAUGAUGAUGAUGGGGAGAUAUCUGUGGCUGAUCGUUGGGAUCAUCUUUGUGUCGGUGGUGAUCAUUCUCAUCUUCCUCCUCAUCAACAGGUGUCUCUUCAGAGCAGGCAAACACAGAAUCUCACAGCUGCACAGAAGAUCUGACUUCAGAGCCACGAACAACCAGUACCAGGAGAGAAAGCUGGCAGACGACACUCCACCUUUACCUCCUCGCACACAGUUUCUCACCGCAGAGGCCCAAAGUUAUGAGAACCUGGCUGAGGUACCCGAUAGCGAGGAGAGUGCACCUGACUACGAACAGGUGAAGGACGACUUUGGACCAGAUGUAGGCGACUACGAGCAGGCUGCGCCCGACUACGAGCAGGAUGUAGGCGACUACGAGCAGGCUGCGCCCGACUAUGAGCAGGAUGUAGGUGACUACGAGCAGGCUGCGCCCGACUACGAGCAGGAUGUAGGUGACUACGAGCAGGCUGCGCCCGACUACGAGCAGGAUGUAGGCGACUACGAGCAGGCUGCGCCCGACUACGAGCAGGUUGUAGGCGACUACGAGCAGGAUGUAGGCGACUAUGAGCAGGCUGCACCUGACUAUGUGAAGGUGGAGGAGGAGGAAAAGAUUGUCCCUCCUCCACCACACCAGGAUCCUGAUCCAGCAGCAGACAACACCUCAGAGGACUACGAUGACAUUGAUGAGCUCGGAGAUGAAGAUGAAGGCCAGGAUGAAGAUGAGGACUACGAUGAUGUCGGAUAAGAGCAGCAGAGAAGUGAGGGGAACUUUACUACUGAUUAACUUCAGACUUUUAUAUUCAUGAGGCAGAAUACAGCAGAUGAUGGUCUGUUUCAUAAGAGCAGCAGCUGGAGGAAGAGGACAGAGAGCAGCAGUGCUGAGGAAGAAGGUUUGAUUUUCAUCAUAAAAACUGCAGUUCACAGUCUGAACGUGACAAGGUCGGACCGAACAACCAACCACCCAUUAUUUGACUCAUUAUAACUGAUCCAGCAGUGGUGGUCUUUCAGAAGAAAAUUAUUCUUUGAUUGUUUUUAAUUUAAAACUUGAUUUGUUUAUCUGCGUUUAAUAUAAAAGUGAAAUCCUUACAUACUUUGAUCUGCACACAGAGAUUGAUUAUGCUCUGUGUGUGUUGAUAUGAAGCUGCUGAGUCAAGAGGUGAUUAGCUUAGCUUAGCAUAAAGACUUAAAGCAGGGGGAAACUGCUAGCCUGGCUCCGUCCACCACUUGUUGUCUAGGUGGUUUAGUCCGUACACAAACAGAAAUAUAAAAGAAUAUUUUUUAAAUGUUGAAAUUCAUAUAUUUUUAGUAUUUUUCAAACAUCUUAUUGUCAUCAGAUCACAUAACUGAACUAUUAAACCAUGAGUGAGCUUUUCUGACAUGUUGCUUCUCUUUCAUCUGUGUAUCUUGAGUCACCUGCUGUCACCACAGCAACAGUGUGCAUACAUCCGCAGCUGAAAAUAGUCCCCUGCCAAAUGCAGCGUUACCUCCUCUUUCAGUAAAAACACCAGUUCGGCUGAUUGUUAAGAUGUUUAUAGAAAUUGAAUUUUAUUUUUGUGACACAGUUUUUAAGAGGCACAGGGAGGGAGGGAAGUGACAGAGUGAUGCAUCAUGGGAACAAUAUAGAAUGUCGCUGAGGCUGUUGAUGACUUGUGUUAAACAUUUCAGAUGUCUGACUCCUGCAGGUCACUGUGAGUCUGAAGGCAUUGAACUUUAUUUACAUCACUUGAUACAUAAAAAACAAUAUGCAACUCCAAAAAUGUCAAAUCUGAAAGUAAAGUAGAAAUAGUAAAAACAAUGUGCCAUCUUUAAAAUAAUUAACAUUUUUAAAAGUGUAAGUGUAUAUGGAGCUUUCCGUUUUACUACCCUCACAGUCCGUCUCCUCUCUCGUCUUUAUCUGUUUCUUCUUCAGCCUCUUUUGUUUCCUUCAGUAUCUUCAGAUUAUUUUCAUUUUCUCAGCAGUUGUCGAGUCUGUUGAAGACCUCUGAGUUCACUCAUCAGAGCUGUUUGUGUACAUUGUCUCAGUUUAUUACACAGAUCACAUUUGGAAAGACACUCAAAUAAAAAUGGUGUAGGACAGUUUUGAUUGGUUAGAAAGUUGCAGCAUAUGUUCAUGACUGACUCCAGAGUUAAAGAAUGAGCUUGGUGUCCACUGAAACCAGACUUUCAGCAUCUUUCCACUGUUUGGCAGAAACAUUGAGGAACAGUCAGCAGAAGAGCUGAUGUGGUUCAGCUGCAGUCAGAAACCAAAGUGACUUCAUUUCCUCAUCAUGUCUGACGCAUUUAGACUCAAACUCACACCGCUGCUGAAGUUCUGCAUUCAUACCGCAGCAUCAGUAACAGAAUCUAUCGUUAGUCCUGCUGCAUGAAGUCAGAGCAGUGUGUUCCUGUUGAAGCUGCUCAGGUGGAGACACAUCAUAUACAGGUUGCCCACUGGUUCAGAACAUACGGGUCGGGCCCCUCCACGGGGUCACCAGAUCAAUUUGAGGGGUCGUCACAUGAUUCAUGGGAGAGGAGAGGAGGGAAGAAAGUUCUGACCCACAACAUCUGAUUUUUUACUUUCAGUGAAAUAUCUCAUUCUUUGAGCCUCAAACAUUAUUUUGAUAGAAUUUGGAAGGAAUGUUCAUCUUUUUAUAAACUGCUCAGAACUCAAAGACCCAACAGACACUAGAAGAAACUGCAGACCACCAUUUUAAUCCUGAACAAUGUGCAUUCAGUCAUCUUAACACAUCUCUGCUCAGACUUUAAUAAAUGCAGUGGAGUAACUUAGAAGUAUAAAGUAACACAAAUGGAAAUACAUGAGGAAAGUGUACUUGAGUAAAUGUUCUCAUUUCCACUGGUGUGAAAUGUGUUGAGUGACAACUUCGUUCUGUCAUCAGUAAAGAGUUUUCUUUGCUUUAUCAGUUUCUAAUAAACUUAAUUUACAAAUGUG